AAAAUCCCUGGGUCUUGAGCCCAGCUGACCUCAGACCUGCAGGAUUUGAGUUAGUAGCCCCAGCACUGUGAGUUAAAGCCAGAGGGUUCACCCAGGGGUCUCCAUGUGGUUCUCCAUUAGCAGCUCUCUCUUUCCUCCUCCUUCCAAGGACUGGCUCCAGAAUGCUCUCUCAGACCCUGAAGGUCUAGGCUGGGGGGGUGAGGGACAGCCUCCAGGGAAGAUGCUGAAGAUUUGCCUAGCAGAGGAGGAAGAGAAGAAGGAAGAGGAUGCUCUGCUCUCUCUCCUGGACCAAGGAAAACUGGAGGAGACCCUGGGGCCUAACUUAGAGGCAGGUGUUUCCUCCCACGAGCCUCAAGAAGAUGGGCAGGAGCUAGAAGCCAUCAAAACCAAGCUGCAGAAAAUGGAGGAGGUCCACGAGAGACAGGAGCUCAAAGGUAUGGAAGAGACCCAACAUCAGCAGCCACAGGAGGAAGAGAAAGAGGUGGCAGAAAAGGCCUCCACUCCAUUGCUGUCACCACUGCAAUAUAACCCUGAGGCCAGUCAUCUGCUGAACCCAGAGAAAGGUACACCGUUCCAAGGGACAGCCAUGGAGAAGGUAGAGUCUGAUCAAAGAUCCGUCUACGUAGGCAACGUGGAUUACAGUGGCACGGCCAAGGAAUUGGAAUCCCACUUCAGCUGCUGCGGCGAAAUCAACAGGGUCACCAUCCUCUGUGACAAGUACUCUGGACACCCCAAGGGCUAUGCCUAUAUUGAGUUUGCCCAUGAGGAUUCAGUGAAGACUGCUGCAGAGCUGGAUGAGACCACCUUUAGGGGCCGGAUAAUCAAGGUUCUGCCCAAAAGGACCAACUUUCCAGGGAUUAGCACUACAAAUCGAGGAGGCCCUCGGAAUCGACUCUCUGGCAGAGGAUGCCCUCCCCUCCGGUGUAGCCUUUAUUUUGGAGAUAGACUGAGACCAAGAGGAAGAAGCUACAGGGGGCAUGGAAGGUUCUCCCAAUGGUUUGAGCCAUAUUAGAGGGUUGGACUGUUGAUACAGACCAUGAAGAAACUGAACUCUGGCGCCAUCUUAACUCCAUAACCAGAAUGCUCAGUUGGAGUUUGGGGGAACAAGAUGGAGCAUGAAAUGGAUCCAGUUCAGAGAACAGUGCCACUAAAUAGAUGGCUAACUUGUUAGACAAACCCAGGGGCUGAACUACAAGUCUGUAAAGAGAGCUCGGGUUGGUGGCAUAUGAUGUGCUUUCCUUUAUUGUGUGUCUAGAGGCAGGUUGGUCCAUGUUAUCAUGGAGGUACAUGGACUCCAUUUGGGCCAAUGCUCUUAGAGCUAGUCUGAUCUUAGACCUCUGGCCUUACCGCUCUGUCCAUUGGACUAAGUCUGGCAGGACAUUUUCAGUCAAAGCCUCAAAGCACUGGAGUACUAAAUUGAGGUAUCUGGGUUUCAAGUCUUUGGCAAAACGUCUCCCAAACCCCUUUCCAUUUUCAUAGCACCACGACUGGUUUGGGACUGCAAAUGGGGUGAUCACCAGAGCAGAAUGGCAGUGGGGUGGGAAGAGAAUGAAGAUUUAACCUAGCAGGGCUUGUAAUUCAAGUCACCAAUUUUUAAGAGAAACAAAUAUAUGUAUAUAUAUGUUUUCUUAAUAUAAAUAAUUAAAUUUG